AGCCAUGCUCCGCUGGAGACCAGCCCUGGGCCUGGGGCUCUGCCUGCUGGCCGGCACAAGCCUCUGGGCCCUGUGGGCCUAUGUCAGGAACUGGCCGCCCGUCUCCUAUGUGCCCUACUACCUCCCCUGCCCAGAGAUCUUCAACCUGAAGCAGCAGCACAAGGGGGAGGAGCCCCUCCGGCCUGUGGCACAGCCUCUGUACCCUCAGCCCAAGCUGCUGGAGCAGAGGCCCAUGGAGCUGCUGACACUCACGCCCUGGUUGGCGCCCAUUGUCUCAGAGGGAACCUUCAACCCAGAGUCGCUGCAGCUCAUCUACCAGCCGCUGAACCUGACCAUCGGAGUCACCGUGUCUGCCGUGGGGAAGUACACCCGCUUUGUCCAGCACUUCCUGGACUCGGCCGAGGAGUUCUUCAUGCAUGGCUACCGCGUGCACUACUACAUCUUCACCCACGACCCUGCAGCCAUUCCCAGGGUCCCGCUGGGCGCUGGCCGGCUACUCAGCAUCAUCCCCAUCAGGCGCCACUCUCACUGGGAGGAGAUUUCCACACGCCGAAUGGAGACCAUCAGCCUGCACAUAGCCAAGAGGGCACACCGGGAGGUAGACUACCUCUUCUGCCUUGAUGUAGACAUGGUGUUCAGGAACCUGUGGGGUCCUGAGACCUUGGGGGACCUUGUGGCUGCCAUUCACCCAGGCUACUUCACUGCCUCCCGCCAGCAGUUCCCCUAUGAGCGGAGGAGAGCCUCCACUGCCUUUGUGGCCAACAGCGAGGGGGACUUCUAUUAUGGUGGGGCAGUCUUUGGGGGGCGAGUGGCCAGUGUAUAUGAAUUUACCAGGGUCUGCCAUAUGGCCAUCCUGACAGACAAAGCCAAUGGCAUCGUGGCCACCUGGCAAGAGGAGAGCCACCUGAACCGCCACUUUAUCUCACACAAGCCAUCCAAGGUGCUGUCCCCGGAGUACAUCUGGGAUGACAGGAAGCCCCAGCCGCCCAGCCUAAAGCUGAUCCACUUUUCUACAGUGAACAAGGACACCAGCUGGUUGAGGAGCUGA